AUGUUCUCGCAAAUUGAAAGAAAACUUCUCGAUCGUGGCCACGUCCAGGAGGCUAUCACGGUACUGCAAGUCGCCAAAUUUGCGACGAUUCUCUUCCCACCGUGUUGGAUUGGACUUGCUGGUAAAGUAAGCGAAGUUGCCGAUAUACAAGAUGUAAAUCGUCUUGAGAAACUACAAAAGCUUAAUGGAAGCCUGACAGCAGAGGAGACGGCAAAGCUUGAACUAGCCCGGCGUCAAGUAUUAAAGCAUGAGCAGUCCUGGUGGUCCUUUAUUAGCCGGUAUCAUCAUCACCUAUAUAAAAAGCCCACGGGUUGUUUUGCUCGACAGUUUGAUAUCCUCCAUAGCGGCUGCUUUAUACCCACUCAGGAAGCAGCCCAGAUGGCAUGUAAGAGCCUUGGUGGUUGCUGUGCGUAUAGCUGCAAUUGUUGCUACCGGGAUAGAGGCUCAUCCAGAAUGCCUGGUGUGUUAAUGCAUUGCGUUAAAAAUUGUGUCUGUUGCUCACAAAGAAGGCCGCCUGAAUCUGCUACCGAAAUGGAAUGGUCAAAAGCCAUGCGUGUACUUGUUUCUGAUUACUAUGGUCGCAAUAAAAUUAGGUUUUAA